AAUUGUGGACAGUUUCAGAAUUCGAUGGGGAGCAUUCAGUGUUUGGUUGACGUUUAUUUGUGAAAGAUUUUUAUAAAGAUCAAUUGUUUAUUGUUAUUAAGUAAUAAUGGAACAAGACAAGUGUACUUUAAGAGAGAUGAACUGUGAAUUGAAUCAUUUAUCGAUGCCCGAUGGUUCUGCAAUGCUAAUGCAAGGAGACACUUGUGUUGCUGCUGGUGUUUAUGGACCUAUCGAAGCAAGACUUGCAAAAAUGAUGUACGAUAAAGCGCACAUUGAAGUUGUUUUCAGUCCCGUAAAAGGCCCACCCAGCAUCGAUGGGCGAGUAAAGGAAUUGUAUAUCAAAGAAACCUGUGAGUCAACUCUCAUGAUUGUUCUGCAUCCAGGUACAGCGAUUUCCAUUAAUCUACAGGAAAUGGAAGAUUCUGGAGGUCUCUUGGCAUGUGCCAUAAACGCUGCGAAUCUGGCAUUAAUCAAUUCUGGUUUACCAAUGAAGUUUACAAUUUCUGCUGUUCACUGCAUGAUCGAGAGGGACAGUGGAAAAACGAUUCUGGAUCCUGAGGAGAAUCAAUUAAAGAAUGCAAGAGCAACAUUCACUUACGCCUUCGACAGUAUAAAAAAGGACCUGAUCACCUGUCACACGUCAGGAAAAUUCACGGAGAAAGAACUGAUGAGUUCCAUAGAGCAGUGCAGAGAAGCUAGCCAAUAUAUUUUCGAUUUUUAUCGAGACGUAGUAAGAAAAUAUGCGAAAUGUACAGCCCAAUAAUUUAUGGUGAAUAAAAAUAAUUUUUUAAUAAUA